UUUCCUUUCUCUCUAUGGGUCUUGUUUGUUUUCUUUCUUAUGCUCUAGAGUUACCAUAACACAAGUAGCUUAUAGCAUUAAAAGUGUUUUAAUUAAAUGUUUUUUAGUCUAUCUCCAUUCAACAUACCAAAAAAAAAAAAAAAAAAUUAAAUGUUAAAGAAUUAAAAAAAAAAAAUGCUUUUCCUAAACAAAACUUGUAUGGAAACAAAGUAGGAAAGUGUAAAAUAUAAUAUAAAAUUCACUAGAAAGUAUUUUCAAUUCAAAAAGUACUAGAAGAGUCGUGAUGAUCGUCGAAGGAAAGGUAUGUGUCAACACUUGUCUCAUGAUAAAAGUGAAAAUCACCUUUAACGAGCUUUCCUGUAGACUGCAAAAGAAAGACGACGUCUUUAUGCAAUAGCAGCAUGUUUGAAGAGUAUGUAAAUUUUUAAAACAAAAACCAUGCUGGCAGCACAGUUGAAACAAAUCCAAACCUUCAACUUAUCAUAAUAAAGAAUGUUUUCGUUAUAAAACUCAGCAACCACAAGACGAAAAGUAUAUUUUCCAGUAAACUUGAUUACCAGCAAAAGUUUACCAAGUGCUGCGUAUCUUCCAUUCGACAUCCAUAGAGAAAAUAAAAGUCCAUCCUAAGAAAACUUUAUAGACAAACGACAAAUAUCUGUAGUUUGUCUUCACAACAUUGGAAAAGGGCCUGAGUGCCCUCGGUUAUGGCCUUUAUGAUGAAAAAGAAAAAAUAUCGUUUUAAUGUGGAAGUACAAUUACAAGAUUUGGAUAAUGUAGCCUUAGUGAAUGAGGUGCUUUUUGCUAAAAUCAGACUUUUGGAUGGCGGUUCAUUUCAAGAAUAUAGCAGCAGGAAGGAGGUACGCAACCACCGUGUAGAAUGGAAUCGGAAUUUUACGUUUCCCUGCAAAAUGUCGGCCAAUGCGUCGACAGGAGUUUUGGAUCCCUGCUAUUUGCGCAUUUCCAUACGUAAAGAGAUGAAAGGUGGACGUAGUUAUUAUAAAUUAGGUUUUAUUGAUUUGAAUCUUGCCGAAUAUGCGGGUGCUGGCUUAAUCUCACGCCGUUGUUUGCUUGAAGGGUACGAUGCCAGGCAUCGUUUAGACAAUUCCAUGCUAACAGUAUCCAUUAAAAUGCAUAUGCUUAGUGGCGACAUUUUAUUUAAAGCUCCCACACCAAAUUUAAAAAGUAAACAAAAACCUUCCACGGAAGAUUUGGCUGCAAUAAGCACGGAGGUUAAAAAUAUAGCGUCGGCUGUGGUUUCUGUUUCAUUACCCACCGCUGGCAGUUCUUCGGUUAUUAGUAGUAACAUUAUGGGAGGGCGACCUAUUUCUAGCAUCAGAGAUGAAGAAAUAGAUCCUCAAGUUCUUAUAGCUUCCCUAAUUACCGAUUCUGGUCUUUCGGAGUCAUCUGAAUCCGCCGUCACUUUAACAUCUGAUGCUUUAUUGCUGCAACAACAUCAAAUGCAAGAGCAGCAACAUCAGUUACAUCAGCAAACGUCUACAUUAUCUUCAUCAUAUCCUCCCUCAUCUGUAGCAUCUUUAAUACCCGGAGUUUCCCUAACAAAUGCACAACAACUUAUGUCUCCUUACGGCGGUAUUGGUGGUACGGGUGGUAACGGUGGCGGCGGAGGAAAUCUGGGAGGUAUUGUAAUUGGCAGCAAUAAUUAUGGUACAACCACUGUAAUUAGUACAACAGGCAGCGCCGUUGCUCCUACGUCCAUUAUGGAAAUGGGCCAUUCAAGAAAUUCCAGUAAUACUAGUCAAAUGUCAAAAGGUUCCGGUUAUAGUAGUUUUUCGCACAGUCAACAUUCUCGACAAAGUUCCGAAGGUGAUUCCGGCCACGCAAGAUUCCGUAAAUCCGUUUCUCUUCUGAAUAGACUUAACCAGAAAGCUAUGAAUGCUAUGAAAUUACAUAUACCCGCUUUAAAACAUAAUAAUGCUCCUACAUCACAGUCAUCGCAACAACAACAAAAGCUACAGGUAUCGAAAGUGAUAAAUGAAUGCGAAAGCGAAGAAUUGCUUUUUCAGACACCAAAUUCUUCAAUACGUGAUGAUAGUUCCGCUCUAGAAGAGUUUCGUACACCCCUCAAUGAAAUACCGUCAUCGGACUCUUCCUUAACAGCCCCUUGCCCGUACAGUAUGACUUUUUUAAACACACCAUCACCUACUUAUCGCAGUAUAAAUGGUAGCAGCCGUUCCGAAUCAAGAGACUCACAAUUGUAUGAAAGUGAAUCUGAUUCGGGCUUAGAUGAAAACUUUCACACACCACGCGUUGUCAAAAUUAAAUCGAUGGAAAAUGUGUCAUUGCUGAAAAUGGAAUUUCAUAAAGCUUCGCAGGAAUUGGACCGGGAUUCACCAAGACGUUUGAAAUUGUUAGCAGAUCGAGAACGUCUGCAUUUACCGAAAAUGAAAUCUUUAAAUAAUUUGAGUUUAGAGAAUUAUAUUGAAAAGGAAUUGCGUGAGGAGUUCCAGCGUAUCAAAGACGAAAGUAAUGAGGAUAGAAAAAGUAACGCAUUAGUACAAGAAAGAAAGAAUUCCACUUCAUCCGCAUCGUCGGGUAAACUUUACGUAAAAAGUGCUAAAGUAGGUAACGCAAAAUUUAUAGGUAACGACGAUAGCCCUUUGCCGCUGACAUUAAAAAAACCAACGACCCAAAUUCUGGAAAAUUUUCAUUAUCCCAUUCAAAAAAUGCGUUCAUUGGGUACAAUACCAGAUGUGGUGGGAGAACAUAUAGCGCCGGACCCGUUUCUAACACCCACAUCUAUAAGAAAACCUCAAUUUCCUUGUGGUACUCAAUCAGCAGAAAAGACGAAUUCACCUUCUUAUCCUGCAUGUCAUUUUGCCUUUAACACUGUAGACGCCAACAAUUUGCAACAUUACUCCCACAAUUCCUUGAACAAAUUAUACUGCCAAGACCGUUUGGGUAAAUUAAUGCUUUCCACGGAAAAUAACCUUCUCUCCAUGUCACGCACACCUUUCGAGAGGGCCUAUCGUCGCAAUCUAAUGAAGAGUUCAACACCGCUAAGGCAAACUUUGGGAUUUGUGCAGUAUGGCGAACCAUUUUAUACUUUAAGAACCGAGGAUGCAGCAGUCGUCUCUCACAUAAGGCCGCAAUCCAUCAGUGCUACUUACGAUUUAAUGAGCAAUCGCAACUUUAGCGGAGUCUCUCGGCGUUUAUUGGAUGGCGGUAGUAGUGCUAUCUGCGGUGGCGUUAGUCGUCAAUUAUCUGCAACUGGUGCCUCCUCCUCAACCAGCCAUAAUACCAACACCACUAAUCCCUUGUUUAACUCUAGUUCUCCUUACGGCACUAUGAAUAGCAACAAAUCGUCUCAUUCCACAACAUCAUCAAAUGCCAGCAGCAGUGCUAGCAGUAAUAAUGUUGUAACAUGUCAAUGCACUUCUAUGGGUUCUGAUACGGUCGACGAUGUUGCUGGUGGAAACUAUCAUCAUCAACAACAAAUACAACAGCAACUGCAACAAAAUUCACAAAACUCGGCAGCUUCACCGGCUGACGGCAGCCGCGAUAGCGCUAUUUGUGGUAAUGAAAGUUUUACCCUCUCACAUAACAACAACGGCGGCGGGAGCACUCCACGUAUAGGUGAAGUUGCUUUAGCGGCCAGUCCUACCGACGCCUGUAGUAUACGCUCAAAUCCUUCGUCUGGCUCAUUGAUGGUUGCCGCCGAUGCAGCUGGCUUAAGCGCGGCAGGCCACAGCGUUGGCUCUAAUGCCACCAGUGUUGGUGGUAGCACACUUUCGCCAAUCUCCUCCGGCUCUCAUCUGAUUCGACGACCCAGCAUAACUAUGAAUCCCAGUUCUGGUUCUUUAGUUAUAAGUGAAACUGGUUCAUUGGAUCGUAUGAAAACCACCGCCGAAAAACGUAAAAAGGGACCACUCGAUGAUGGUCCGCGCGUUUCAGAUCGUGUAGAGGAGACACGAGUAAAUCCUAAAUCUCUAAUAGAUGAGAUUUUAAAAGAUGACGACUUAGAUCAAUUAGAAGAAUCGACAGAAACUUCGGGUCUGCAAUUGUAUAUAGCACGUGAUGGUACUGCUGCGCUGGGUAAUCAUGAGGUCAAAUCUCGAGUUUCUGCCGGUGCCUUUAAACAGGUUGUUAUGGAAAACCCAAGAUAGUAGCAUUAAAAUUUAUUUUCCUUACACUUCUUGCUUUAUUAUGAUGUUCAUGUGUGGUGAUAAUAUUAUUGGAAACUAUUUUUAUUUUUUUAAUAUUUUUUUUUCAUUUUUUGCCAUGAACUAGAAGAAGAGUUGUUUAAAAUUGACUACUAUUACGAUUAUCAUCUGUUAAUUCAAUAUCUUAUAUAAUGACAGGUACACACAUACUCCAUGUAAACAAAAAACCAUAAAUUGUAACUAUAAGUAUAUAGCAUUAUAUGCAAUAUAUUUACAAAUUCGAUUAAACUAUUGAAUCUAAACUACACGAUGAUUACUGCAGAAAAAUAGCUCCAAUCUAUAUAGACAUUAAGAAUCUUUCAAAUCGACUCCUUUUUUAUCAUAUUUUCCUACUUAUAUAAGCAUCAGAGGACGAGGGCUUUUGGUCGCUUUGUAAAAUUUAAAAACUGAAAUCGAAUAAACCCUCCAAUUUUCUACUUUUUUUCUCAACUUUAUAUCUUCCUUUCCUUCUGGCAUUCAUAUUCUUGUGGUCGAAAAUGUUGACACAAGAAUGACCGACUGGAGAUAAGGUUUUGAAAACAUUUUCUGCAAGACUUUUUUUGACUGGUGUUAUAUGAAUUUAUAGGAUAACGGAUACGCCUGGGAUCAGUACUUAUAAGAUUUGAUUUAGAAAAAGUAUUGCACAAAAAAAUCGACGGCCGCUCGUGCGAACGUCUGAAUUUACUUUUUUGAGCCUUGCAUAGUUGAAAACAUUUUGUAACAUUUUUUCUAAACCCAUCGUGUCACUUCAGAAUCACGAAAUCAAGAACUCGGGCUUGUGGCCGUUCGCGGAAAAGUUUACGCUCAGGCCGUCCAUUUUACUCACUUCACUUUGCCAUAGCCUCAGUUUCUCUCGAAAUACGGAAUAAGGAAGUGUUUUUGAUGCGGUAAUUUAAAAAAUACCCCACAUCUUGGCCGGCUUAUAGAAGCUUACCAGACAUGUGGCCCGUGCAUUUUGUACCAUUUGUUCUUAAGAAUAAUAAGCGAAAAUACGAUUGCAUGCUUCUCCAAAAUGGUGGUUAUUGUCUAAUGUCUAUUGCCCCCUAUGUCGGGAGCUGCAGUAGUUUGCGCUUUUGUUGUUACAGUCGUUACUGUUCGACUGUGUUUGGCUGAAAAAAUAUAAAUUUAUUGUCUCACCAAAUACAAAAAUGUAAAAAAAUAUGUUUUUAUUCCACCAGUUUCCCCCUCCCCACUAAUUUAAUUCCGAGUAUAAUAUCGAACUCAUUCUGCCACUUCUUGCCAUCUAGUUCUGCCUAGCUGCAAAGUAAUCCCUUUCUAAGAAGCAAAUAACUCUUAUUACGUAUAAUCCUUUCUGAGGCACGUUGAGCCUUCGCACCACUUAGGACCAUACUGAGAAAAACGAUUGCCUAUCAAAUCUGGAUCACCAGAAAAUGCAGAUGAUUUCAAUAAAUUGAAAUUUUUUCUAAAAAUAAAAAUCAUAAACUAAAAUUUUCAAUUUUUAU